UCUCAUCAGGUUAUUAUGACUGAUUGACUUGUUAUCACUACGUAAUUUCAUUCAAUCGGCACUGGCAAUCUACUUGACUAGUACAACACUAGUUAAUUUCGUUCAAUCGACAUUUCUUUCAUUCGGUCAUUUUGUUUUGACAUCAUUCUGAGCCACAAUGUCGGCCCACAAGACCUUUAUUAUUAAGCGGAAAUUAGCUAAGAAACUAAAACAAAACAGACCUAUUCCCCAAUGGGUUAGAAUGCGCACGGGGAACACUAUUCGAUACAAUGCUAAGAGGCGUCACUGGAGGAGGACAAAGCUCAAGCUUUAAGUAACAAGUCCUAUGAUUAGAAUACAUUUCCUCUGAAAACUA